AUGUCUUCCUCAUCGGUCACAAAUCCCUCUGCAGCGGAUGAAACCCUCCGCGCUCAAAUUUUCCAGAGACUACACCCUCGCGUUUAUCUCGAAAGGUUUAUUGCCGAGAAAAUCAGGCCAGAUGGACGAACGUUCGAUGAAUGGCGCAACGUUUCUGUGAAUGUCGGAUCGAUAUCAACGGCUGAUGGCUCUGCUCUUGUGCGUAUGGGAGACACUACGAUUGUUUGUGGCGUCAAGGCGGAAAUCGCAGAGCCCGAGCUCGAUCACCCUGAACAAGGUUUUUUAGUACCCAAUAUCGAUUUGCCUGCAAUCUGUUCUCCAAAGUUCAAACCAGGUCCUCCGACAGAAGAAGCUCAAGUCCUUUCUGAUAGACUAAACGAAGCUCUCGUCGCCUCAGGCGUGCUUUCAUUAUCUUCGUUGUGCAUCCACCCCGGAAAAGCUGUUUGGACGCUUUAUGUGGACUGCACAUGUAUAAAUUAUGAUGGGAAUGCGUUUGACGCGGCACUGCUAGCCAUGUUGGGCGCCCUCAGAAGUACUACGCUGCCUAAAGCCACCUACAACGAAGAAACUGGGCGCACGACGUGUUCGCGGAAAACUCGAUCGCCGGUACAAUUGACUCGAAAUUUUGCUUCGACGUCUUUUGGAGUGUUAGACACAUCGCACGUUCUCUCAGAUCCCACUGCAUUCGAAGAGCCCCUGAUGGACGUCACGCUGACAGUUAUCGUAGAUGACCGAGGAGAGCUUAUCAGUACUACUGAGUCAGGCGGCGCAAUCUCGGAAGAGACGUUGUUGCGGUGCAUUAAUAGAGCGAAAGAAAGAGCUUUGCAGCUCAAAGACUGA